AUGGCCUGCUGCUCCACUAGCUUCUGUGGAUUUCCCACCUGUGCCACCAGUGGGAACUGUGGCUCCAGCUGCUGCCAGCCCAGCUGUUGCCAGACCAGCUGCUGCCAGCCAACCUGCUGCCAGACCAGCUGCUGCCAGCCCACCUGCUGCCAGACCAGCUGCUGCCAGCCAACCUGCUGCCAGACCAGCUGCUGCCAGCCCACAUGCUGCCAGACCAGCUGCUGCCAGCCCAGCUGCUGUGGGACCAGCUGUGGCACUGGUGGUGGCCAGGAGGGUGGCUCUGGAGCUGUGAGCUGCCGAGUCAGGUGGUGCCGCCCUGACUGCCGCGUGGAGGACACCUGCCUGCCCCCCUGCUGCGUGGUGAGCUGCACGCCCCCAACUUGCUGCCAGCUGCACCAUGCCCAGGCCCCCUGCUGCCGCCCAUCCUACUGUGGACAGUCCUGCUGCCGCCCAGCCUGCUGCUGCUACUGCUGCCAGCCCAGCUGCUGUCAGCCCACCUGCUGUGAGCCCACCUGCUAA